CCCUUCGCCCAUGCGCUCGCUCGACCAUAGAGUCCGAUGGCAGGGCUAGAGCACCGCACCCCGCCGCCACCUUGGGAGAGCAAGGACCCGCUGGGGUCGCCUUGGCAACCACGGAACGAUACCAAAGAGGAUGUCUUUGUGCAUCAGACUGCAAUCAAGAGAAACAACCCCCGGAAGUUCCUUCGAAGUGUGGGGGACGGGGAGACAGUGGAAUUCGAUGUGGUGGAAGGAGAGAAGGGUGCUGAAGCAGCCAAUGUCACCGGGCCAGGUGGUGUGCCUGUCAAAGGCAGCCGCUAUGCCCCCAACCGCCGUCGCUUCCGUCGCUUCAUCCCCAGGCCACGGCAGGCCUUGCAGCAGCAAGUGCUGCCAGCCCAGGAGGCCGUCAGGGCAGAUGGGACCCCCGAGGUCCCUGUGGAGGGAGCAGUGCCUGGCAGCACCUCCCAGCAGCGGCCCCGGCGACGGCGCCCACCUCCAUUUUUCUUCCGCCGGAGGUUCAUGCGGGAGCCUCGUGUUCAAGGCCAGCUGGUGGAGAGCACUGAAGGCGCAGAAAUGAAAGAUACCACCCAGCCCCAGGGAGACCAGCAGCAACAACCAGCUCAGGCUGUGGAGAGGGCUCCGGCCCCUCGUUUCCGGCCGAGAUACCGCAGGCCCUUCCGCCCCCGCCCGCCUCAGCAACCCACCACAGAAGGAGGCGAUGGUGAGACCAAGGUGGUUCCGACGCCAGCAGAUGGCAUCCGCCCUGAGCCCCAGCGUCAGCGCAACCGGCCUUACUUCCAGCGCCGACGCCAGCAGACUGGUGCUACCCGGCUUGCUGUGGCAGAGCCAACCACCACCACCAGAGAUGAACCUGCUUUGAGUUCUGUUGCCGCUGGCGGAGAUACCACUGUUGCUGGGACCCCAGCUGCCCCUCAGGAACCAGGGAUGCAAGCCAGCAAGCCAAUGACCCCGACUCCGGAGAGUCCCACCCAGCCACUGCCAGAGGCUCAGCACCAGCUUGUGGAUACUUCGACUCCUGAACCAGGGGGAGAACCUGCUCCAGCCCUGCUGGCAUGAGGGCUUGGCGAGGGGAUGUUAAGAGCCAUGAUCUGGUUGCACAACUUGCUCAUCUCUGCACAGAGACGCCCAACUCCACCUGUACCCACCCCACUUCCCAAACCUAAGCCACAACUGGGGGAUUCGGCAAGAAAAAAUAUAUAAAUAUAUAUACACCCAAUCUCUUAUGUUAAGCCUUCUUGAGGGGCUAGUGUCCCCCCCCCCAGCUUUUCCUAGUUCAGAGAGGAGCUGGUUGUUGAAGCCUUCAGUUGAAUACCUUUAUUCCCCCUCUCCCCUGACUUUAUGAAGAGCACUUGUGUGUGCACAGCUUGGGUGUCAGUAAAUGAAUUUUGCACAGAAA